GGCAGACAUGUGAACUUUGGCCCGUUCUGUUCUGUAUCUGAACAAUCAUCAGGUUCGGAGCAAAGUCCAGCUGCUGGGUCAAAAAAGAAAAAAACACGCAGCGCUGAUAUUAUUGCACUGUGUCACACCAAAAAAGACCAGGUUGUGAGAAGUAUGGAUACCACGUCCUCAUUUAUCAAAUCGGUGACCAAGCGAGUGUGGUCGCCACCACAGCGCCCGUUCAGAGUGUGUUGUCACAACAGGGAGACGAGGAAGGGUAUCACCGCUGGGACGCUGGAGGAGCUGAAGGAAAGGGUAUGCCAGGCUCUGCUGCUGUCCCUGUCUGCUCUGUCUCUGUCUCUGGUUUGUGAGGAGGACGGCACAGAGGUGGACUCCGACGAGUUCCUCAUGACCUUACCUGACAACGUCAUGCUCAUGGCCCUGGAGCCCGGACAGACAUGGAGACCCCUGGCGGGUGCGGUCGUGUUCAAACCUCAAAGCCACGAGAAGCCUCGGACUGGCAAAGACAUCGCUCGCGUCACCUUUGACCUUUACAAGAUGAGCCCCAAGGACGUGUUUGGCUCCCUGAAUGUGAAGGCCACGUUUCAGGGCCUCUACACUGUGAGCGCUGAUUUUCAGUGUCUCGGCCCGAAGAAAGUCCUCAGAGAAGCUCUGCGCUUCGCCUCCAGCCUCCUUCACGCAGCCGGACACCUGCUCAUCACUUCCGCCUCCGUGAUCCGCCGCAUUAUUGAAGGUGCAGAGCUCUGGCAGCCACAGAGGGCAGAGUACACCACCACCUGGAACUGAUCCCUUUAUUUAUAUAACCUUAUCUGAUUCGCUAGCCCUGUUCUGAGAUGUUGUAAAUUUAAGCAUCUAGGUAUUGACAAAUUUUACUUUGUUUACCUUAUUAUGAGGAGAAAAAAAUAAUCCACAGACAACAAUGCGCUAUCUGUAAAUAUUAACAGUGAUUGUGUGACAGGUUAUAUAUGGAAAAAUAUAUUUGGGUCUUUAUUAACACCAGAUGAAGCUCAUGAAUGCAUAAGAAUGACUGUUAAUAAUAUUAAUGUAGAUUUUUGUGUCAUAUCUUUCAUAACUUGGUGUAGAUCAUAUAAAUAAUCCAAAUUUUUUAUUAUCCUUUCAAACCAAAUUGUGUAGUUAUUUGAGAAAUGCUCAUUUGUAUUGUAGUUUGUGAAAGUUUUAAUGUGAGAAAUAAUCAGAUGAGUCACGUUCGAACAAGUGUUUUACUUGAAUGACUUGAAUAAAAAAAAAAACAUCUGAACAGCACAGCGUCAUCGGCGUAAGGUGCAACAAAUGAAAAUACUGCACAUGGAUGUCAACGUUCAAUCCUAUCAUUGCUCUAACUGGAACGUCCACACGAAAGAACAAGAGGUAACGUUUAACUGACCUUAACAAACAGCUGGACCUUUUCAAAAGUUCUGAGAUAUGAAUUUAACUUGAUAUGUUAUAACACAGAAUAAAAGAGAUGAAGGCUU